CGCAUGGCGGCGGCUUGGGGCCGGCGCGGAGGUCCCGCGCUCCUGCGGGGGGUGCUCGGGGCAGCACAGCGCCGGGCGUGCAGCACCGGGGCGCCCGUGCGGGCUCCCACCGGCGCGGCUCAGGCUCAGGAACUGCAAAGCUCAGGAAGAGCACGUUUUCUGCUGGAACAUGCUGCUCCCUUCUCUGCUUUUUUGACUGACAGCUUUGGGCGUCAGCACAACUACUUGCGAAUUUCUUUGACAGAGAAGUGCAACCUCAGGUGCCAGUACUGUAUGCCAGAGGAGGGUGUUCAACUGACUCCUAAAUCAGAUCUACUUACUGCUCAGGAGAUAAUCACUCUGGCUGGACUGUUUGUGAAAGAAGGUGUAGAGAAGAUCCGUCUGACAGGAGGAGAACCACUUAUCCGGCCUGAUGUGGUUGAUAUUGUGGGUCAACUGUACAAGCUAGAAGGGCUGAAAACCAUCGCUGUCACAACCAAUGGGAUCAAUUUAGCCAGGUUAUUGCCCCGAUUGAAGGAGGCAGGACUGAAUGCCAUCAACAUCAGCCUGGAUACUUUGGUUCCAGCUAAAUUUGAGUUCAUUGUCCGGAGGAAAGGCUUUCACAAGGUAAUGGAAGGAAUCCACAAAGCCACUGAACUUGGCUACCGUCCUGUUAAGGUAAACUGUGUGGUGAUGCGAGGUUUGAAUGAGGAUGAACUGCUGAACUUUGUAGAUUUCACAAAGGAUCUGCCCCUUGAUGUGCGGUUCAUAGAAUACAUGCCCUUUGAUGGCAAUAAAUGGAACUUCAAGAAGAUGGUGAGCUACAAAGAAAUGCUUGAUACAAUUAAACAGCGAUGGCCUGAAUUAGAGAAAUUACCCUGUGAAGCUUCCAGCACAGCCAAGAGCUACAAAGUGCCACAUUUCCAGGGACAAAUCAGCUUUAUCACCUCCAUGUCAGAGCACUUCUGUGGAUCCUGCAAUCGGCUGAGGAUAACAGCAGAUGGGAACCUGAAGGUGUGCCUGUUUGGGAGUUCAGAAGUGUCCUUGAGAGAUCAUCUACGGUCUGGUGCCUCAGAGGAAGAGUUGGUACAAAUCAUUGGAGCAGCAGUAAGCAGAAAAAAGAAACAGCAUGCUGGCAUGUUUAACAUUUCCCAGAUGAAAAACCGUCCAAUGAUCCUGAUUGGUGGGUGACAAAUCAAGCCUUCACUGAUGUCAUUCCCUCUAUGCCAAGAUGCCCUACAGGAUGCCCCAUAUUUAAAACUGUGGGGCCAUGCACUUAGCCAUUGGCUAACUUUGAGAGCAAGUUUAUCCAAGCAAAUGGGAAAAGCAUUAAUAAGAAAUAAACUUACAAAACAGCUUAUCCUGCCAAAAUUUCACCAAGAGCAACAGUGGUACCUAAGGACAGGAAUCCUACAAACCCAGCUGAGAGGCUUCUGUGUCUUCCAAAAGGACUUGAGCUCCACGUCUGACACAAAGUGCCUUGAGGCUUCUCCAGUUGGCCAAGUUUCUAAGGACUGUCAGUCCAAAGAGGCAAGUCCAGGAUCUGAAUUCUCUAACAGGAAUUUGGGAUCUUGCACCAAGAUCCGUCGUGCCUCUGAUAACUUGACUCACACAGAUGAGGAAGGACGGGCCACAAUGGUGGAUGUUGGAGGGAAACCAGAUUCCAGAAGAAGUGCUGUUGCUGUCGCUAUUGUUAGCCUGGGUGAGAAGGCAUUUGGGAUGGUGAGGCAAAACCAAAUGAAGAAAGGGGAUGUGCUGGCAGUAGCACAGAUUGCAGGAAUUCAGGGAGCUAAACUGACCAGCCAGUUGAUCCCUUUGUGUCACAACAUCCCUCUUAGCCAUGUUGAGGUGUCCCUGAGCCUGGAUGAGGCCAGAUGUGCAGUGGUGAUUCGCUGCUCCUGCCAGACCUGGGGGAAGACAGGUGUAGAGAUGGAAGCUCUGACAGCUGCCAGCUUGGCUGCCCUGACUGUGUAUGACAUGUGCAAAGCAGUCACUCAUGACAUUGUCAUCGAGGAGGUGAAGUUGCUUAGUAAGACAGGUGGGCAGAGAGGAGACUUCUCUAGAAGUUAAGAGUCUGCGUCAUAUCCAGACCCUUCCAGCCCGCUAGAUAACCACUGCUAGAACACAGCCUCUUACAGAACAGCAUUUGCUCAGCAGUAGUAAGCUUGUAGACCUCAGUAGGUGUGCUAUACCACUCUCAUUUUGCCUUACCCUGUCACUUUAUUUCUGAAUGAACAGAGGAACCACUUAGCCAGCUGCUGAGUAAGUGGGUUUUUAAAGGACAGAUUUCUCUGCUCAGCCAGUAGUUUCAUUUUAGUGUCCUCACCACGAGGUUGAGCAAAGAUUCCUAGUUAUAGUACAGAAGGUUUCUUUUUCUUCUUGCUGUGAAAUAUUCACAGCUGCUGUCAUCACACCAUGCAACUGUGAGCUCUGGAAAUGAAACAAGUGUUGAAAGUACUGUUAUUUGGCAACUAUCCUUAAGUCAAGGAUUAGGAUUUCAGAACUGCUUCUGUCUGUCUGUGCCCCCAUCCCCUCAGACGAGUUUAGAUGGUGACAGGGAGAAGAAAACAGCUCUGAGAAUUUAUCGUUCAUCAGAGAUUAUAGCUGUGGAACAGUCAGGGACAGAGGGGCAGCUCCUGUCCCUUUUCAGUGCUACUGCAGUGGGAAAUAUCCACCUCUCCGUUUCAAAACAAAAGGAGAUUGCAGCUGCCCAGCUCUCUCUACCUUGAACACUGUGAAAUGUGGUGUAGAACAUCAGAUUUCUGGUGUUGGAAGAAUUAUUUUGCUGAUCUGAAAGGCAACUUUUAUGAUUUUAGAAGCAUGUUCCAGCAUUUUGACCUUGGCACUCAAAUACAUUGAGGCACUGUCUGGAUGCAUGUCUGGUUUAAUUAUGCCACGCAUGGAAGUAGGUUUCAGCUCUCCCUUAAAGUAUUUAAGAGAUCCCAUGUAAGUUGCCAGAAGUGGAUUGUCAUGUAUCUCUUAAUAGCUUUGCUAAUUGACUUUCCUAGAAAGAAAUUAAUCAGCAUUUCCAUUAGGGUGGAUCCCUUUUAAACAUUAAUUUAUGUGCUCUGAAGAUGAUGUUUUCAACUUUGGUUUGCUUGUUUCCUAGUACUUGUGGCUAAUGUGAAGCUCCAUAUGGUUCAGGGUGCUGCCUCUCAAUACGCACAGAGAGUUGAAGACAGCUUUAAGUUAAGGAGGCUACUGGGGGAAUUGUCUUAAACUUUGCAAGCUGUUACUUCUCAUGGAAUAAGGUUAAACUGUGAACAUCUCUAAAGCACACAGCACAGUCACGCACAUCCUCCUCCUUUAAAGUAAGCACAGGUCUAAUAUGAGGAGUCAGUAGGAGAUACUACAGAUGUAUUUGCUUCUACAUUAUGAAUCUCAUACAGUAGUUAACAUGAAAGCACUUUUCCCAUUGCAGGUUAAUUAGAUUCUUUUUUUUUCAUUGUCACUGAGGUCAGGCACACAUAACUGCAACAGCUACUGCUGAGCAAGAUCAGAAAAGCAGAGGAAGUCUGCAUAGCUUAAUAACAGAGAUGCUCAACACUGCAAACGUUUUUAGGCCUGUAUUCACUGUUAUAUUCCUGAUUCCAUCAAUGUCACUAAACUGCCUGUAAGUCUAUAGUAAGUUAGCUUAACAUUGUACAGAGGAUGGCAGUGAAUUAUGUCACUCAAGCACCUUCCUCAGAUAGGCACUAAGAAUUCCAGCUGACUCUGCAACUACGAGAGACCACAUUCACCUAUGGAAAUGCUGUGCACGUCAUCUCCCCGAGCUCAGCAUAGAAACAAAUCCCCUGGAAAAAGCAGCAUGCCUGUAACCUAAGUAUGUUAGCUGACUUAGACAAGCAGUUAACUUCACCCCCCCCUGCUCCCACCAUGCGCAGCACAAGCUGCUCUCCCAGCCUUCACCCAGUCUUGAAAAAUUAAAGGAACCUAGAGGUAGUAAUAAAGCGAUGCUUUGGGGCAUACGAUUCUUUGGCUUCUGAGAAGUUUGCUGUCAUGCUGUAAAGCUCACAGAGAAGACUUAAGAUCAUACUGGGGACUGCAGAGCACACGCACGAUUGCCACGCACAUCAUACCACUUAACGCACAUCUCACUACAUACUUUCCUGGGUUGAGAGUGACUAGAAGCUUUGGGCAAAUGUACUUUGGUGCCAUUUUAUGCUCAUGUUGUUCUAUUGUCAAGUCUCAAUACUAUGCACAUUUAUAGAUGAUGAAACACAUACUUCAACAGAACAUUUUGCAAGAGAAAUGAGUUGGUAUGUUUCAGCGGUGCUGGGUGGGCAAUGGUAUAAUGUGAUGAAUACUUUCUGAAGGCUUGCUUUUUUUGUCCACUGUUUUUAAUAAAUGCUCAUUGUAAUUAAUUAU